UACAGCGUAGAAACUCUCCAAGGGAGAGAAAACCCCGUGGCCUGUGCUCUCAUUUUAGCUUCCACAUCUUGAACUCUCUUGAACUCACUCACCCACCCUCUCACUCACCCACCCUCGAAACAAGAGCGCAAAGUGAAGCUACCCAACUAGGUACCGAGGUAGUUAUACCCGCAUAGCCGCCGUCUGGAUGCGACGGCUUGACUUUCCAUGCCACCUCCAAUCAUGAACCUGCCGGCCCUGCAUGCAGUCUUACUGCGGUACACAUUUUCUUCGCUUUGCCCGGUCAACCAGGACGAACUCCCAGACGUUGCCCUCGUACAUCCAGGCCAUGUGCGAGAUACGGCCGCCCGGUGGCAUUCAACCUUUCCACGAAGCGGCCUUUUGCUGCUCAGCCCUCCUCAUUCGUCGCUGCCUGGACAACUGCAACCAACCUUAGGAGCCGGCGGCGGGCCUGAUUUUCGCCCAUAAUCAGCCUUUGGAUGAAUUGGCACUUUUUUCCC